ACUUACAAAAACCUGCUUGAUAAAUGGUGUGGAUAAUAGAGAUAGAGAACACAGAUUUGACUGAGAUUCAUCACUCAUGGGCCAUUGCCUUUGACAGAGAAAAGGUAUCGAAGCUGAUUAUGUGGAUGGUCUCUACUGCUUUGCAGUCAUACUCUAUGCAGCCCUCUCUUCUGAAAAAAACUGAUUUUCAUUUCACAAUUUUGUCAGAGGAGGAACAAUAUGAAGAAUCUCUUGUUUCAAAGAUUUUACGAUGGAUAACAGCUUCGGUGAUUGUUGGAAAGAUUUCACUGAAAGUUUAUAAAAUAAACACCUCUACUUCUCCAGGAAUAAAAACCUUACAAUCCCUAUUGGAAUGCAUUAAGAAUGGAUAUGGUGAGAGAAGGGAAAACAAUUAUGGCAAUAAGAAGGCAUUAGUUGCUACAAUUUUAUACCUUCAACAGCUUCUUGGACUGAAUGGUGAAGUGCUCCCAUCAGUUGUUUCUGCAAUUUGCCUCUUACUCCUUUCUAAUGCCUCUAAUUCUACAGGAUCUGAACUAUUGCUUUGCAAUCAUGGCAGUCUUGUGGCUUCAUUAUGUUCAAAGAUACGCUGCCCUGCUGAAGCUAAUCCUGCCUGGAGAUGGUCAUUUUAUCAGCCAUGGAGAGACCUUUCAUUAGAUUUGACCGAUUUACAGAAGAUGGAUGAACGGGUUGCUUGUCAAAAACUACUAGUCAUAUUUGCAAAUGCCCUGGAAGGGAAGCGACUAGAGUUACCAGAUCUAAAUAUAGAGAAUUCUGGUUUAUUUACAUGGGGAAGAUGAUUUCCCAGGUGAAAUAGAUGGUUCUAAACAUUUGGUAGCUCAGUUUUUUCCUUUUUUUUAUUUUGUAUUAUCAUUCUUAAUCUCGAGGUCCUUGAUCUUUUCAAUGCAUUUGUAAAUGUAUUGAUUGUAUCUGUACAUUAUGUUGAUGCAUUAUUUUGUUUUCCUUUUCAAUGUCUGUAAGUUCACACAUUUACCCACCGCAUUUCUAUGGGUGUGGAAUGGUGCAUCUUUGUACAAUAUUGUAGUCAUGAUUCAUCCUUCAUGAAUACUUAUUUUAUUUGUGCUUGUGAGA